GAACGAAGCUGCAUUUACAACACAACUUCAGAAGGAAGCCUCUUUGUAGCAGGUGAAAGAUGUCUGGGGGGUUUAUUAAAAUGCUCAAGAAAAGGAAGGAGUUAAUUCCUUUGAUUGGGUUUGUUGGUUGUGCCGCACUCGGAGGAGUGACAGCCUCCGUUUACUUCUUACUGACCAAACCGGAUGUCAUUUUAAACAGGUCAAGAAACCCAGAGCCAUGGGAGACACUAGAUCCGUCCAAACCACAGAAGCUGAUGUCGAUUAACCAGCAGUGGAAACCAGUGGAGGAGCUGGAGCUGGUGAAGAAACUGACCAGAUGAUCUCCUCUCCUCUGAUUUACUGAUAUACUCUCAGG